AUGCUGCAACAUCGCAACCUUCUGAGCUUCUGCUCAGCGUCUGCUCACCCUUUGCCCCUCUGCGCGCCGUUGGACUAUUGCCCUACUUCUGCCCAGCCUUGGAUCAAAGACAGCCCGCAGUUCUUCUGCCCCAAAGUUCACCCAACUUCUGCCCCAAAGUUGCCCACAUUUACCGAGAAAGUGACAUUCUAA